GGGCAACACGCGGGUGGAGGAGGCCUGUGAGAUGUACACCAGGGCUGCCAACAUGUUCAAGAUCGCCAAGAACUGGAGCGCGGCAGGGAACGCGUUCUGCCAGGCGGCCAAGCUGCACAUGCAGCUGCAGAGCAAACACGACUCGGCCACCAGCUUCGUGGAUGCCGGGAACGCCUACAAGAAAGCAGAUCCACAGGAGGCCAUCAACUGCUUAAAUGCAGCUAUUGAUAUCUACACCGACAUGGGGCGCUUCACCAUCGCGGCCAAGCACCACAUCACCAUCGCCGAGAUCUACGAGGCCGAGCUGGUGGAUAUUGAGAAGGCGAUUGCACACUACGAGCAGGCUGCUGACUACUACAAAGGAGAGGAGUCCAACAGCUCGGCCAACAAGUGUCUGCUGAAGGUGGCUGCCUACGCCGCGCAGCUGGAGCAGUACCAGAAGGCCAUCGAGAUCUACGAGCAGGUUGGGACCAACACGAUGGACAACCCUUUGCUCAAGUACAGCGCCAAGGAGUAUUUCUUCAAAGCUGCUCUGUGCCACUUCAUCGUGGACGAGCUCAACGCGAAGCUCGCGCUUGAGAAGUAUGAAGAGAUGUUCCCAGCGUUCACGGACUCCCGGGAGUGCAAGCUCUUGAAAAAACUGCUGGAAGCCCACGAGGAACAGAACUGCGAGGCCUACACCGAGGCGGUGAAGGAGUUCGACUCGAUAUCGCGGCUGGAUCAGUGGCUCACGACCAUGCUGCUGCGCAUCAAGAAAUCCAUCCAGGGGGAGGGGGACGGGGACCUCAAGUGA